AUGGGAUCUUAUCAUCAGGAUGCUUCCGUUGUCAUUGUUGGUGCAGGGCUGGCCGGCUUGACGACCGCCAUGGCCCUCGGUACCUACGGCAUUCGGACAGUCCUCAUCGAACGCCGACCGUAUACCCUGCAGCAUCCUCGUGCAGAUGGAUUUACGGCAAGAACUGUCGAGAUUUUCCGAUCCUUCGGCAUCGACAGCGAUAUCUUGCCGGAAACCGCCCCGGGAUUCAAGACUCAGCGCACACGAGUUGAGAGUCUGACCGGCGAGUGGUUCGAAGAACUGGCAUGGAAUCCACAGGAGAAGAAAGCCGAAGAGAAGGCGCCCCUGCAGCCCGAAUACUCGCCCUAUAGAGGGGCCUCUACACCUCAAGAUCAGCUGGAGCCCAUCUUGUUGCAACAUGCUAUCGAUGUGGGCGUUGACGUUUGCAUGCACCAUGAAUUUGCGGGCCUUGCGCAGGAUGCGGAAGGUGUGACUGUGACAAUCAAAGACAUUACAAACGGUUCAGUCUAUUGCAUAAAGACACAAUAUCUUAUCGCCGCCGACGGCCAUCGCAGCGCUAUUCGCGAGACUUUGGCAAUUCCUCGGAAGGGCCAUGGCCCUGUGAAUUCAAUUCAGAGUGUUCUCUUCCGGGCACCCGAGUUGACCCCUUAUCUGAGAAAAGGGGCAAACCAGUUCACCAUAGAUCAGCCUGAAUUGAAGGCGUUCAUGAUCGCCUACCAAGAUGAAAGGCUGGUGCUGCAUCUUCCCAACGAUCGCGAAUGGAACGACGAACUUAUGCACCAAGCAACGCUUCAGGCAAUUGGCCCAAAAAAGGUCACCCUAGAAAUUAUCGCCACCAGCAGGUGGGAUAUGAGCGCUUGGAUAGCCGACGAAUUCGCCAGAGGAAGAGUGUUCCUGAUUGGUGACGCUGCCCACUCCUUGCCACCGAAUCGCGGGGGCUACGGUGCCAACACCGGCAUUGCAGACGGACACAACAUUGCUUGGAAACUGUCUCAAGUCAUUAAAGGCACUUCGGAUGCCCAACUCUUGGCUACCUACGAAGCUGAACGGCUGCCCGUGGCCUGGUUGCGACAUGAUCAGAUCUUUGCACGCUCGGACUAUAAAACGCUGCGACAGAAGCCAACUCUCAACAAAAAUGGAAGGCCAGAGCAAGAAGCGCUACCAGACGGGGCUGUGGAGUUUGGCCAGAUUUAUCGGUCGGACGGAGUUAUAGGAGCGGAUGAGUCGCUACCAGAUGCGCUGACACCCGACCAGUGGAAAGGACAGCCAGGUACCCGUGCACCUCAUAUUUGGGUCGAGCACGGUGACCGCAACAUUUCAACACUGGAACUACUAAAGGGAGACUGGGCGAUACUCUCGGAGGACCCUCGGUGGAGGGGUAUCGUCAAGGAGGUAGAAGAAAAUCUCGGAAUGAAGGCGCGCUUCAUCCAUAUUCGCCAGUCCAUGACAGCAGAAAUCAGAUUCCGUGAAGCGUUUGGAAUCUCCGCCCGUGGAUGCUCUCUCGUCCGUCCAGAUGGCUACAUCGCGUGGAGAUUGGAAGAGGUGGAGGUCGAUCCAAAGGCAGUGUUGGAAGUAGCCUGGAAGACCGUGUCGUGCUGGAAGGCCGGAUUUUGUCGGUCUGCUUAA